GAGGCCUGGGCGGCCUCGCAGGGCUGGACGGCCUCGACGGGCUGGGCGGCCUCGCCGGGCUGGAGGGCCUCGCUGGGCUGGGGGGCCUCGCGGGCCUGGAGGGCGCCGGCGGUCUGAACGGUCUGCUGGGCGGCAUGGGGGGCCUGGGCGCGGAGGACCCCGAGAUGCUCGAGGCGCUGCUGGCGCAGCUGGGCGCGCCUGGUGGCCUGGCCGGCGGCGCGAGGGGAUCGCGACCGCCGCCGCCGCCGCGGGACCUGGGGCCGACGCGCGAGAUAGGCUGCAGAUGCGGCUACAGUUGCGGCACCACCAGUGCCCUGGACAAACACCUCGACAAGUUCCGGGGCGACCCGGCCCACGAGGCCCGCAUCGUCGAGCUCCCCGCCUCGCCGCCGCGAAGAGUCGCGGGCGCCUUCGCAGGAGGCGCCGGCGCCGCCAGGGGCUACCCUGCUGGCGGCCCGCCGGGCGCCGGUCGGGCCGCGGCGGCGUGCCCGCCCUGCGCUGCGCCGGCGGCGGCAGCCUGGGACGACGACGAGCCGGAGCUGGGGUGCAAGUGCGGGUACACCUGCGGAACGGAGAAAGCCCUCCUGCGGCACCUCGGCAGGUUCGAGGGCGACCCCGCCCACUCACGGAAGUGAGCCCACCGCGCGGCGGCCGCCUGCGGCUUCGUGUUUCACCCUGUUCGCCGUGGGCCGCACCCCUCACUGCAUCUCGGAGAGCAGCUCUCAGCUCUGGGCGCCUCGAAGAGGGGCACGCCGAGCAAAUUUGAGGCGCCAGGAUCUCAGGGCAGUUUGCAGGCACAUUGCUGCACGUAGAUGUCCGCGAUCAGCAUCCGGCAUGUCCUGACAGCUCGGGGAAAAGUCUCGUCCAGAGGUGCCUUCCUCUCUCUGCUGGCCGCGCUCGCUCAGGUCCUCGUGCUCGCGGCCGUGUCAC